CUCGUCAUCGUUCGCUGUCAGUCAGGUUAAGUUUUUCUUACCGACAACAUUAUCGCUCUUUUGCGUUCUACUUUUGUGGUGUUUAAUUUGUAUUGCUCCUAGAUUUUGGAAUUUGUUUUCUCCUUUUCGGCUGGUUUGUGAUAAGAUUAACGACUGGUGGUGUGCAAUAUCUGUAGACUCGUGUGUGCAAUACGAUUUGGUGCUUAUAUAACUCGGACAUUCCAGUUCACCCGCUGAAAGUACAAAACCCGGUGUUGGAAGAACAAGACGAUUCAGACAGAAGUUGUGCGGUGAUACAAUCUACACACGGUGAAAAUGUCUCUCAAUCCGGCUGAGAACCAACUGAACCUCUACAAGGAGUCCCAAAAGGACAAAUCCGUAGCAACUACUGGAAAUGGUGCUCCACUGGGCACUAAGACAGCCACCGCUACUGUCGGCGAGCGUGGCCCCAUUGUUCUGCAGGAUGUCCACUUUAUCGAUGAGAUGGCCCAUUUCGAUCGUGAACGUAUUCCAGAGCGAGUUGUCCACGCCAAGGGAGCAGGUGCAUUUGGUUACUUCGAGGUAACUCAUGACAUCACUCAGUACUGUGCGGCCAAAGUUUUUGAAAAGGUCGGCAAGAAAACCCCGCUCGCAAUCCGGUUCUCCACUGUCGGUGGUGAAAGUGGAUCAGCUGAUACCGCUCGGGAUCCACGAGGGUUUGCGGUGAAGUUCUACACGGACGAUGGAGUAUGGGAUCUGGUCGGAAAUAACACCCCCAUCUUCUUCAUUCGUGAUCCAAUCUUGUUCCCUAGCUUCAUCCAUACUCAGAAGCGAAACCCAGCGACUCACUUGAAGGAUGCGAACAUGUUUUGGGAUUUCGUUUCCUUGCGACCAGAGUCAACGCAUCAGAUUAUGUUCUUGUUUGCUGAUCGCGGUAUCCCAGACGGCUAUCGUUUCAUGAACGGGUACGGUUCCCACACGUUUAAGCUUAUAAAUGCCGAUCAAAAACCAGUUUACUGCAAGUUCCAUUUCAAAUCAAACCAAGGCAUUAAGAACCUGUUGGCAAACCGUGCUGAUGAGCUCGCUGGAUCCGACCCCGACUACAGCAUUCGAGAUCUGUAUAACGCCAUCGCUAAAGGAGAAUACCCUAGCUGGAACCUGAAGAUUCAAGUUAUGACCUUUGAACAGGCUGAAAAAACAAGCUUUAAUCCGUUCGAUGUGACCAAGGUUUGGCCGCAGAACGAAUUCCCGCUGAUCCCAGUUGGCCGCAUGGUAUUGGAUCGGAAUCCAAGCAACUACUUUGCCGAGGUCGAGCAAAUCGCCUUUGCUCCUUCUCAUUUAGUUCCUGGAAUUGAGGCAUCACCGGAUAAGAUGUUGCAAGGUCGUCUCUUCUCCUACGCGGAUACACACCGUCAUCGACUUGGAGCAAACUAUCUUCAGUUGCCGGUGAACUGUCCCUAUCGCGUUGCCAUCAAAAACUAUCAACGCGACGGCCCAAUGACUGUUACCGACAAUCAAGGAGGCGCACCGAACUACUAUCCGAAUUCUUUCGGCGGACCAGAACCUUGUGGAUAUGCGCAUAAGCUCCAGAACUCCAAGUUUACUGUUUCUGGCGAUGUGAACCGUUACGAGACUGGUGAUUCUGAAGACAAUUUCGCCCAGCCAUCCAUAUUUUAUCGUCGCGUGCUUGAUGAAGCUGCUCGUGAGCGUAUGAUUACGAACAUGGUAAAUCACAUGUCCGCUGCAUCUACCUUCAUUCAAGAAAGGGCAGUUAAAAAUUUCUCGCAAGUUGAUGCUGACUUCGGACGUCGUUUGACUGAGGGACUGAAGCUACGCCGCUCGGCAAAAAUGUAAUGACACACUAUGCAGAAUGGCAGAGGUAUGUUAUGUUAAUAUGUUUCUGAGAUAAGAUAUUCUGAAUCACAAAAAUACAAGCAUCUGUUCUGGUUUAUUAAUAUUUCACCAAGCACACGAAGGAGAAUUUUAAGAUAAUUAAAGAAAUUAUAUUGGGCUAUUUUAAGGUUUUUUUUACAAACUUUUUCUAUCGGGAGAUUUUUUAUAUAUUGCAGCAUCCAGCAAGCUUUCAAAUAUUAUGCGAUCUAAAUAAAGUUUAACGAUUUCCUA